AUGAUGACCAAGAGAACGAAAAGGAGAAAAAGUAGACAGGAAGAGAUAAACAGGGGGGGUGGGGAGGUGGUGGGGAGGGUUUUUGGCGGGGGUAGGUUGGCAGCAGUGGAGCCAAGAGGCGGUCCAGCCGUCACUGAGGAGGCGGUACAGGUUCAGUUGGUAUGUGUCGUGUUUUCGCCGUCACGUCGUUGUGUUCGAUCUAUGUAUUAGUGCACCGAUUCGAGCUUCUUUAGUACCAAUCAAGGAUUUCGGACGAAGACUCGAAACAGCGAAAACAAAAACCAAAAAAAAAAAAGCCUUAAUUUUUACAUGA